UUUUGAUUUGCUGAAAACGUUUGUCAGCAUGUCGGAAACUGCGCCUGUUGCAGCUCCUGCUGUCUCCGCUCCUGGGGCAAAAAUCUCCGCUAAAAAGCCGAAGAAGACAGCAGCUAGUGCUAAAGCCCGCAAGCCUCCAGGUCCCAGCGUGACCGAGCUGAUCACCAAGGCUGUGUCCGCUUCCAAAGAGCGUAAAGGGCUCUCCUUAGCCGCUCUUAAGAAGGUUCUGGCCGCCGGAGGGUACGAUGUGGAGAAAAACAACAGCCGCAUCAAGGUAGGAUUAAAGAGCCUGGUGAGCAAAGGCAUUUUGGUGCAGACAAAAGGUACUGGUGCUUCUGGUUCUUUCAAACUCAACAAGAAGCCUGGUGAAAUUAAGGAGAAAGCACCAAAGAAAAAGCCAGCAGCAAAACCUAAGAAACCAGCUGCCAAGAAACCCGCCAGCGCCGCCAAGAAACCCAAAAAGGCUGCGGUGGCGAAAAAGAGCCCGAAAAAAGUCAAGAAACCAGCAGCUGCCGCAGUCAAGAAAGCGGCCAAGAGCCCGAAAAAAGUGAAAGCCGCCAAGCCCAAGAAGGCAGCUAAGAGCCCGGCUAAGGCAGUGAAACCAAAAGCCGCCAAGCCCAAGCCAACAAAGGCCAAAACAGCGAAGGCGAAGAGGGCAGCGCCCAAAAAAUAAAGUAAAUUUGAAAAGGAAAUUUCUGACCCAACGGCUCUUUUAAGAGCCACCCCCAAGUUUCAGAAAAAGAGCAAAAUCGCUGACACUCGGAAAUUUCAUAGGUGGUUUGAAAGUAUCCUGAGUACUCGCUUUGUUACAUAGGUUGGGUACAGGGAGUGUAUAUAAUGCUCGCGCUUUCUAGUGUACCCUUGGGAACGGCUUCCUGGGCAGUUUUAAUUAAAAAAGAUUAUAUAGACAGUGAAGACGGUUGUAGCGCCGGGCAGCUAUCGAUAAAACCCCCUUACGGUGGCGCUGUUCUAGGUACCUAUGAGUCAGCUGGUUAGGGGCGGGGUCCUUGGCUCCCUGUAGAUUUCUAGACUAGUGUUUCGUUCUAACCAUUUUGACCAAUACUGACAAAAUAAGAAACCGAAAACUACGAACUUUCUCCAUCCUGUUUGGCUAUCUCCUCCUUAUUGGCUGAUAGUUCAUAUAUGGCUAAAUCUUAUUGGAUACAUCCAAAUUUUUGAAAACCCCGCGCGCUCAGAGGAGAGCGCCCU